AUCGUUUUGAAUGGACUCCGAUCUGUGUGUACACUCGACCUGUAUGUCAGAUUGGUUUCCAAAUGAAAAUACAGGACUGAACUUCAGUAUAACAGCGAUUAAAAUAAAAUGGAAGGAAACAGUCCAACAAAAGAGAAGAAUAGUGUACUGGACGAGGAGGAACAGUCGCCAACGUGGAAAGAUUUAGGUAUUGUAGACACACUUUGUAAAGCUUGUGAAGAUCUGAAAUGGAAGAAGCCUACAAAAAUUCAGUGUGAAGCUAUUCCAUUGGCUAUUGAAGGUAAAGAUAUAAUUGGCCUGGCAGAAACUGGUUCUGGCAAGACUGCUGCAUUUGCUCUUCCUAUAUUGCAAGCACUUCUAGAAAAUCCACAGAGAUACUUUGCCUUAAUUUUGACACCUACCAGAGAAUUGGCUUUUCAAAUAUCAGAACAAUUUGAAGCGUUAGGAUCAUGUAUUGGUGUAAAAUGUGCAGUAAUAGUAGGUGGGAUGGACAUGAUGUCUCAAGCAUUAAUAUUGGCAAAGAAGCCACACAUUUUAAUUGCCACACCUGGCAGAUUAGUCGACCAUUUGGAAAAUACCAAGGGUUUCAAUCUACGCUCUUUAAAAUUUUUGGUCAUGGAUGAAGCGGAUCGGAUUUUGAACAUGGAUUUCGAAGUUGAAGUCGACAAGAUUUUAAGAGUUAUUCCCCGCGAAAGGAGAACGCUAUUAUUCUCCGCGACGAUGACCAAGAAGGUGCAAAAAUUGCAACGAGCGUCUUUACGGAAUCCUGUUAAAGUAGAGGUCUCGACAAAGUAUCAGACAGUCGAGAAGCUUCAGCAAUAUUACAUAUUUAUUCCAGUUAAAUUCAAGGACGUGUAUCUCGUGCACAUCCUGAACGAAUUAGCGGGUAACAGUUUCAUGAUAUUUUGCGCAACGUGCAAUAACACCGUUAGGACUGCGCUUCUGCUGCGAAGUCUUGGAUUUACUGCGGUUCCCUUGCACGGGCAAAUGUCACAGAAUAAAAGGAUAGCCGCUCUCACGAAAUUCAAAGCGAAAAAUCGAUCCAUAUUAAUAUCCACGGACGUUGCUAGCAGGGGUCUCGACAUCCCUCAUGUAGAUAUUGUAAUAAACUUCGACAUCCCUACGCAUAGUAAAGAUUACAUACACAGAGUUGGACGUACCGCGCGUGCUGGCCGUUCCGGACGAUCCAUCACAUUUGUAACACAAUACGACGUGGAGCUGUAUCAGAGAAUAGAGCAACUGAUAUCGAAACAAUUACCGUUAUAUCCGACGCAGGAGGAGGAAGUAAUGGUGCUUCAAGAAAGGGUAGCUGAAGCGCAGCGCAACGUUAAAAUGGAAAUGAAAGACAUAGAAGAAAGUAAAAAACCGGGUAAACGUAAGAGGGGUCAGGACGACAAUGAGGAUGACACGGAACAAUCUCUGGGAGUGAGGAAGAGGAUAAAAGGGAAGCAUAAAGGAAAAUGGAAAAAGAAUUAAAUUUCCUUAUUGAACAUUUAACUAGAGUUAUUAACAUUUUCUUAAUAAAUAAUUAAAAUAUAAGAUG